AUGCAGCUCCGUGCUGGCAUCGAUGCACGGAAGGCAGAACGUACACGGAAAAAGGACCUACAUGAAUUUCAAAAAAGUAACCCAGACACGGAGCCACCAAUUGGCUUACGUACAGAAAUCAUUGACCCGGACGUUACACAGAAAAAACGUGAGGAGGAGGAGGAGGCGGACCGACUGUUAGCCAUCGAGGAGAACAUCAUGGCUACCAAACACGAUGCACUUUACACCACCCCUUUGCCAGCAGAAUUCCAGGCAAAGGCUUGCAUUCUUAAUGAUGAAUGUCUCCAUUCCAAGGAUGAGAUGAAUACAAUUCGGGAAUCACUUAUGAACCAUACCUUCAUUGCGAGCCGUAACAAGAGGAUUACCAUUGCUGAGUCUCAUGUCCCAUACAUGCGCAAUAUCGACUUGGGAGAUGGAGAUAAGGGAUCGAUGCUGAAGGUUCUUGUGUUGGAUUAUGAGCAUUGUCCAGAGGAUAUCCAGGAGCAGAUUGAUCAGACCACAAUCUGGCUUCAUGCGGAUAUGGAGUCGCUGCAGUAUGCCCCUUCUACCCAGGGCAAGUCUGCGUCGUCCGAGAAGAAGAAGGAGCUCUUUGCAAGGAGCAUGGUGCACAUCCCUGAUGCCGGUCGGCGAGAGCGCGAGUACCUGCGCUUCAGCAAACACCUGCAGCAAGUCGCAACCUGGUUCCUGGUUCGAGACAAGCUCGGCCCUGGCGCGGUCUGCCUCUUCCUAGGGCAGAUAUCAGACACGUGGGUGACAAGGACCCUUACAUGGCAGGACCUCAACGUCUGGCUGAGACUCGUCCGAAACGAGGCUGCAUUGAGCAGGGUGACCGUCUCUGGCCACGCAUAG